AUGUUGAAUGACAUUGAGGAUUUACUGAAUAUUGACGACAAGAUUGAACAAGUCCGAAAUGAUAGAGACCAGCUGGCAUCUAAAUUGCAAGGCCUAAAGCAAUCGAUGGCCAGCAAGGAUACGGAAGUGGCUCGUUUGGAAGUCAUAGCACAGGAUAUCAUUGAGACAGGUGCAGAUGUCAGUGGACUGGAACGUUUGCAGGCGAAGUACGGGAACUUGAGAAUCUUGGAUGAACUGAAAAAUAUCGUGGCUCAACAAACGCAGCUACAAGCUAGUACAGAUCAAUUAGACGGAUUCGAUCAUCAGCUCGAUGAGUUGGCCCAACAGUCCCUGGACCAAUUCACUUUUGAUGACGUAGAGGCCCUAAAUUCAAAGCUGAGAGACGCUUUUGCCGCUGCUCCUCAAAGGGAUGGAUCUGACUUCCAGUCUGCCAUUUAUGACGAGCUCAAGUCGAAGGUCAUCGACAAAUAUAAUGACGAAAUUUUACGGAAUUUGGCUACUAAGUGGACUGAAACGUUUGACCAGGAGUUGUUGGAAGCGCAGUGGGAUACGUCAAAAUUUGUGUCCACAUCGGCCAUCUCGGUCAAGCAUCUAAGAGAAACUUCGUCAAAGCUUUACAAGUUGAGCCAACUUUACCUAUCUGUAGAGGGGGAGGAAACACAUGAUGACCUCAAUGCGCCUUUACACCUACAAUCAACGAAUAGUCGGAAUGUUGUACUGUGGAAUUUCAAAUCGCUCGCCAAUAAUUUCAAUGUUCGGUUUACCUACCAUUUCCAUACCACAUCCUCCAAGAUCGAAACAUACUUCCAGUUUUUAAACGAUUACCUGACAGAGAAUCUGUUCAAGUGCAUCAACAUUUUCCACGAUGACACUCAAGGCUUAACAAAGCCAAUCAUUCAUGAACAGUUUAUCAAUUACGUUUUGCAGCCUAUAAGAGACAAAGUGAAAUCCACCCUAUUCCAAAAUGAUUUGAAGACUUUGAUUGUCCUAAUUUCCCAAAUUUUGGCCACCGAUAAAAAUUUAUUAACCUCGUUCCAUUACCAUGGACCAGGGUUAGUAUCAUUAAUUUCUGACGAAAUAUGGGAAAAAUGGAUCAACUAUGAAGUUGAAACAGCUAAUAGACAAUUCAUCAAUAUAACCAAAAAUCCGGAGGAUUUCUCAAAAUCCUCUUUGAAUUUCGUGAAGUUAAUCAACAAGAUUUACGAUUAUUUGGAACCAUUUUAUGAUUUGGAUUUUGACUUGCUAGUAAGAUAUAAACUCAUGACUUGCUCGUUGAUCUUUAUGAACUUGACGUCAUCCUACCUCGACUACAUCUUAGCUGUGGAUUCUUUGAAUGAGACAAGAACUAAAGAGCAAGAAUUGUACCAAACCAUGGCUAAACUGCAACAUGUCAAUCUAGUGUACAAAAAAAUCAGAUCUCUAUCUGAGAAUUUUAUCUUCAUUCAGCUAGCUGACAUUGUCAAUACCACGGAAUCUAAGAAGUACAACUCUUUAUUUCAAAAUGUGGAAAACGAUUACGAAAAGGUUAUGAACACAGAUAUGCAAAAUUCAAUUGUCCAUAGGAUUCAAAAAUUGCUGAAGGAAACGCUUCGAAAUUACUUCAAGAUUGCAACGUGGUCGACACUAGAAAUGCCUGUCGAUGAAUAUGAUGAUGAUAAUGAUGACGGCGCCACUGUACCAAGUGCUGAAUUGGUGAAUCCAAUAAACGUUUUAACAAGAUUAAUCAACAAGCUAGAUUCAUUAGAUAUCCCAUUACCUAUAUUUUUGAAGGUUAAAAACGAACUGUUGAAUGUCAUUGUCAAUUAUUUCAUAGAGUCAAUCUUAAAGUUGAACAAAUUCAACCUAAAUGGUUUGAACCAGUUUCUACACGAUUUUGAAUCUUUAAAGAACGUUUUAAGCUUACCACCACACGCCAUCAACCAUAAAUCUAUGAGUUUACACGAACUUAUAAAAAUAUUGAAAAUAAAAUACGAUCGAAACAAUCAGCAGCUCCUAGAUCCAGAAUAUAUCAAAAUGGGUGAUUUCGCAUCUUUAAGAGAAAUAUACUCUGUCAAGUACCUAAGAGACACGGAGAUCCAGGACGCACUUUACAGAAUUAUAUAUGGUAAUAUAAUAUAA